AUGGCCGGGCACUUAGUGAAAGUAAUGGCCGCAUGGGUACGAGACAGGGAACUAUCGGAGCAGAGACAGGUUGAUAGCAAAUUAUGGGAAGAUAUGCAGCAUGUGUUAGAAGAAUUCGUGAAUUACAUGGAACAGAUAGAGGACAUCUUAGAUGCGUAUGCCACAAACUGUGAGGCUGCAGGUUGGACACGUAGAGGACGCGAGGACCAAGGAACCAAAUACACCGAUCAUUCAGUUGGGGAUGUCAUGAAAUGCAGACUCAUGGUUGGAGCAUUACAUUUUGUAACUGGGUGGAGCAAUCAACUGAAAAAGGAUAACGACCCAUCGCACAAUGAUACGGCCAUGAAGGCUAUUAUGAGGUGCCUAGUGGCCAAUGUUUUUGCGUAUAUAUUGGCUGCAAUACCGUGUGGCAAAGAGUGGCUAGGGCCAGAUUGGGCAUGGGAAACCAUGAAGCAGUUUGCUGCGGGCAGCCACGAUGGGUCUAAUCCAAUUUCAGCUGGAACAUGUACGCGGGAUGUGUAUACGGGUAUUAACAUAGGGAAAGGGAACUUACAGGAAGCGGUAAAAAACUGGUUACAGCAAAGUCCACAGAUAAGUGCUCGUAUAAACGCAAUACAGAAGAACCAAGAGUGUAACAUUGAUUGGGACGUGUACAAGGCCAAAAUGCUAAAGCACACAGGGGAUAUCAGUAGUUCGAGUAUAUUUAAUGAGACGGCAAUGCACACCUGGGUGAAAACGGAGAUUAAAGGACUAUUGGAAACAGUUAAAAAGAGCGUACAGAAAAAUAUAACACGGUUACAAAGCGCACCAAGGGACUCCAUGGGAUCUGGGGAUAGUGAUGUUGACUCUGAGGACGACGACGAGGACGAGCAGAAGAAAUCGAAAGUUCAAAAGGAGGAACCACUCAAUGGCAAAUCACCCGCCACAAAAACUAUAGUACCAACAGGAGGAGGGGGACAAAAGGAAGAGCAGGACACAAGAAGUGAUAAGGACAAGACGCAUGCAGGCACGACACCGGCAGUACCACCAACUACGGUACCAGCGGAACCAAAGAAGGCUGUUCCUGAAGAGACAAAACCAGAGACGGGCGUAGGAAAGAAGGCAGCAGAGGGAUCACAUCAGAGAGGAGCCUCGGGAUCCACAACACCAGUAACGGGGACUCCACGGUCAGAAACACCACCGCAAGGAGCAGGUCAGGGACCAGGACCUGGACAACAACCACCACCUCCACCACCUCCUCCACCAGAACCCGCAGGUGCAGCAGCACCAUCAGAACCACAAGGAGCCACAAGUCCUGCAGCACCAAAUGGAGCCGCGGAACAGACUACGCCGGUACCCACAGAAAGUAACGGUAAGGACACGGCGUGCCCCAAAGACGUUCAGGAAGAAAGCUUGGGGGCUGGAAGAGUUAGUAUUAGCUUUGAGUCGAAGUCUGAAUGUAAAGGACCUGAUAGUCCCCCCGGUUCCUCGGUGAACACCAGUACGGAUGACCCCCCUCCUCGCAAUCCACCCAAACCAGAAACCACGAACCCGAACCCAAAUCAAUCGGGAAGUAGUGGCAGUUUCAGUGAUGCUGAUUUGGCGGAUGGAGUGUCUGCUGGCGAAGGAAAACCAGGUGAACAUGGUACUACCCAAGGCAGUGGAGGAGGUCAAUCCUCUGGUCCCAGUUCUGCUGGUGCCCACACCCCAGGUUCUUCAGGACCUGGCUCCACGCGCACUUCGCAACCAGGUACCUCCGGUACUGGCUCCAGUGGGGGUCCACAGGGAGCUGGUUCCAGCACUUCCGGAGGACAGGGUUCAAUGAGUAAUGAUCAACCUCUUCCUACCCUUUCUUCCCCGAAACCCUUCGACCCUCGCGAUCUCAUCCCCUACACCCCCGCGAUCAUUCCCGCGGUGGUUGGUAUUGGCAUCAUUGCGUUCUUCCUCUGGAAGUAUUUUGCCUACCUCGCCAACCGACGACGAACAUAUCGAACCGUUCGUGACGUGCCGUCACCGCCACUAGACGAAGAAAUAUUGGAGCAUUUACAACGCGGCGCCCCGCCACCCGAUUACGGGUACACGAUGAUUCGGCAUAGGCAACCUUCGUCAACAUGCGCCCGACGACGACGUCAUCCACGCGUGCAUAAGCGCACGAUCAUCGAGCUACAUCUAGAAGUGCUCAACGAAUGUGAAGUGACCGAGUGGGAAAACGUCAAACACGACUAUUUGAAGAUUGUCGUGGAGCAGUUUGCGCGUGACCUGCAGCAGGACGAGGAAACGAAUAACAACAUCUUGGGUGUUUCUACCUCCAACCAUGGUUUACCAGGGACCCAUGUUUCCUCCACUCUGGAUGCACCCACUGACGCCGACGGAACAGAUCCAUCUCGACAUGAUGAAGAUGAUCCUUGGAGUUGCAUGGAAAACAUACAGUUAGCAACGGACCCUGCUGCAUCCAACCACGAUGACUCCGAUCCUUGGAGUUGUAUGGAAACCAUACGGUUAGCAGCGGACCCUUGUCGACCUAAUGACUUCGAUCCAUGGAGUUGUAUGGAAACUAUACAGUUAGCAACGGACACUUCUCCACCGAAUGCACACGACCCCGAUCCUUGGAGUUGUAUGGAAACCAUACAGUUAGCAACGGACCCUUGUCCACCUAACGCAGAGGACUCCGAUCCAUGCAAGUGUAUGCAAACCAUACAGUUAGCAACGGACGCUUCUCCACCUAACGCAGAUGCUCUCUGCAGUUGUAUGGAAACUAUACAGUUAGCAACGGACGCAUCUCCACCUAACGAAGACAACCCAGAUCCCUGGAGGUGUAUGGAAAGUAUAGCGUUAGAUGCACAACACAGUGGUGCUCAUUCCGACCACGUGACGUCGUACUGCAUCCGUUGGAUUAACUGGAUUGACCGCAACAAAGAUAUUGUGCGCGAGUGUACGGAACAGCCAUGGUUUUUGCAAUUGACAUCGGCAUGGAAACAAUACCUGCGCGAGCACAUGGCGCACGGGACGACAACGUAG